UGAAAAAAUCGAAGAAGCUGCUAAUAGCAUUUGAAAAAAUAUUAUGUGUUAUCAUAGUGUUUGGAGUAACACCUUUCUCCUUCAUAUUCCAAAUGUUGGUUGUUCGACCAAAAUUGCAAAAUGUAUGGGGGCUCGCAUACACGAAGCACUGUUUCCACUCCCUGCUUGUCACAUACAUCUUUGCCAAUGUCUUCGGGAAUAUGCUCUUAAGUAUAGUCGUCGACUCUAGUUUGAAGGAUUGCCGAGAAUAUAAAGGACGAGGAAGAUACUGUGAUACUUGCAAGCAGAACCAGCCAGAAGACAGUUGGCAUUGUGCGACAUGCAACGCUUGUAUACUUCAGAGAGACCAUCACUGCUUCUUCUUAUCACAAUGCAUUGGACGAUACAAUCUGCGAUAUUUCGUUUGCUUCUUGGCGCACGCUGUAAUGUCUUUCGUGCUCUCAAUCUACUAUAACUAUAGUGCCAUGGAACACCUUGACAUUACUGGUUUUAUGGAUAUAACGUUCAUCGUUGUACAAUUUUUUAAGCCAGGGAACAUUUCUAUCCCGCCGUUCGACGUAAAGAAAUACCUGUAUGAGUUGUUUUUGUACCUCAAUGUGAUCGCUUUCAUACUUUGCGGAAGUCUGUUGUGGCUCCAUUUGGGGAACGCAUUGCGAGGCAUGACGUCAUAUGAGCGUAAAAUAGGGAAAUUUCCGGCGAAAACGGAUUUGAGAAGGAAUAUGGAGCGAGCUUUUGGUACAAGAUGGUACUUGGCUAUAUUAUGGCCGCUUGUGGACAGUCCCUUGGUAGAUAAACGAAGUAAGAUUGUCUAG